AAAGAGAAGAGGAAGGGAUAGGGAUACAGCACAGCUCGUCCGGCUGCCGCCAUCGGCCCCCCACCAUGAUCAAAGCCAUCCUCAUCUUCAACAACCACGGCAAGCCGCGGCUCUCCAAAUUCUACCAGCGCUAUAGUGAAGAUACACAGCAACAAAUUAUCAGAGAAACUUUCCAUUUAGUAUCAAAACGUGAUGAAAAUGUCUGUAAUUUUCUAGAAGGAGGACUAUUAAUAGGCGGAUCUGAUAACAAACUAAUUUACCGACAUUAUGCCACCUUGUAUUUUGUCUUCUGUGUGGAUUCCUCAGAAAGUGAGCUUGGUAUUUUAGACCUCAUACAAGUAUUUGUGGAAACAUUAGACAAAUGUUUUGAAAAUGUCUGUGAGCUGGAUUUAAUCUUCCAUGUAGACAAGGUCCAUAAUAUAUUGGCUGAAAUGGUCAUGGGUGGAAUGGUUUUGGAGACCAAUAUGAAUGAAAUUGUCACUCAGAUUGAUGCUCAAAAUAAACUGGAGAAAUCUGAGGCUGGUUUAGCAGGAGCUCCAGCCCGGGCUGUUUCAGCUGUAAAGAAUAUGAAUCUGCCAGAGAUCCCAAGAAAUAUUAAUAUUGGUGACAUCAGUAUAAAAGUACCAAACCUGCCCACUUUUAAAUAACAUGGCUACUCCAGGUAAUACCAAGGAAGAAAUGUAAUAGAGAUUUACUGCAUAAUUGUUUACUAAAUAAAACAUGUCUAACUUUACUGUUUGGAUAAAACUCAAGGUACUGCAUAGACAUAACCUGAAAAAUCCAUGUGUGGAGUUGAAUGUUGCUUUUGUCUUGUUUGUGAAAUAAAAGGAAAGGGGUAGUUCCCGUGUGAUUUCUAAAUUACAUUCCUAUGCCCUUGCAAGGCAUAUCACUGUGUCUCAGCUGCUGCAGUAUUUUGGGGAAGUAUUAAAGAUGUUCUUUACUUUGUAUAAACUACAAUGCUGAGGUUUUUUGUAUAUUCACCGAAGUCUAUAAUUAGUGCAUUCUUUAACUACUUCUGUUUGUCAUGAUUAUUUAAGACUUAAGUGCAAAUAUUGCAUGAAAACAUUUAAUUCAUGUUUUGUUUAAAUAAAAUCAUAACAAACUGGACUUCGAAAUACUCUUUUUUGAAGUCUACUGUUUGCAAUAAACCACGUUAUUUCCUCUUCAUGGAGCCAAUUGACUAUAUAUAAAUACUGUUGUAGCAGACAUUGAUAUCGUAGUUUAAUCUCUGAAGGGCUUACACAGGGGUAUUGUGCUGAACAUAUUGGCUCUUUACAUUUCUCACAAACACUGUUCAUUAUUAUACUGAAGGAAAAACUGCCUUUAUCGAAGAUCUAAUGACUUUUGUUUACAUAUACAUGUUGGUACUUACACAAUCUUAUAGACUUUCACUUUUCUGGGGGAAAAUAUGCCCUAUGAUUGCUCUGUGUUGUGAGAAGCACAGAAUGGGUUGAGAAGAUUAUAUUUGGGCAGCUCAAACCUGUACAUGACAGUCUAUCAAAUAAUGUGAUAAAGAAAGGCAUUCUGGAAAGAUAAAUGGGGAUACUUUAAUAGGGACUCUGUGCCUGGUGACAAUGUGAUUCUGUACUUUGAGAAUUGAAUUUAUGAGUCACAUAGUAUUGUCAAGACCUCAGAGAAGUCUAAGUUCUGUCACCUCUGUGUAAGUCGCUCAGCUCCUAAACUCUUCUAUGAUUUAAAAAACAUUAAAGGGGGAUAGUGAUUGUUUUUUAUAAUUAUGAUCUUAAGCUCUGUGUGAUGUACAAGUCUGUUUAAAUGAAUAAUAAAAAUAUAAUUGGGAUAUUUAA